AUGGAUAUAAGCAACGAAGCAAACGUGGAUCCGUUUUCAAUAGGACCCUCGACUAUAAUCGGAAGAACAAUUGCCUUCCGGAUCUUGUUCAGCAAAUCAAUGUCUACAUGCGGACACAAACUCUUCAGGUUCCUCAUGUGUUUCCUCGGAGGAGCUAGGGUUUUUCUAUCACCGUUUGUGUCUUGGUUACAUCCAAGGAAUCCACAAGGGAUAUUAGCUAUGGUUAUGACGAUGGCUUUUCUGUUGAAUCGUUACACGAGCUUAAAAGCAAAGGCUGAAAUGGCUUAUAGGAGAAAAUUCUGGAGGAACAUGAUGAGAGCUGCAGUAACAUACGAGGAAUGGUCUCACGCCGCGAAGAUGCUUGAUAAAGAGACUCCGAAAAUAAACGAGACUGAUCUUUUCGACGUGGAGCUCGUGAUGAACAAGCUUGAGGAGCUUCGGCAUAGACGUCACGAGGGAUCUCUUAGAGACAUUAUAUUUUGUAUGAGAGCUGAUCUUGUGAGAAAUCUUGGUAACAUGUGUAACCCUGAGCUUCACAAGGGAAGGCUUCAAGUGCCGAGAUUAAUCAAAGAGUAUAUCGAUGAGGUCUCUACACAGCUUAGGAUGGUUUGUGAUACGGACACUGAAGAGCUUUCUCUGGAAGAGAAACUCGCUUUUAUGCACGAAACGAGACACGCCUUUGGAAGAACGGCUUUGCUUCUAAGCGGAGGAGCUUCUCUUGGUGCAUUCCAUCUCGGUGUGGUCAAGACGCUUGUGGAACAUAAGCUCUUGCCGAGGAUUAUAGCCGGUUCGAGCGUAGGGUCCGUAAUGUGUGCGGUUGUGGGGACAAGGUCAUGGCCUGAGUUACAGAGCUUCUUUGAAGGCUCUUGGCACGCUUUGCAGUUCUUUGAUCAGAUGGGAGGGAUUUUCACUACCGUGAAACGGGUUAUGACUCAAGGCGCGGUUCAUGAGAUCCGGCAUUUGCAAUGGAAGUUGAGGAAUCUCACCAACAACCUCACUUUCCAAGAAGCUUACGACAUUACAGGACGGAUUCUCGGGAUAACAGUUUGUUCCGCGAGGAAGCACGAGCCGCCUAGAUGUCUCAAUUAUCUGACUUCGCCUCAUGUCGUGAUAUGGAGUGCAGUGACUGCAUCUUGUGCUUUCCCAGGUCUUUUUGAGGCGCAAGAACUCAUGGCCAAAGAUAGAACCGGAGAGAUUGUUCCUUAUCACCCACCUUUUAACUUAGAUCCUGAAGAGAGCUCAGGAGCAUCUGCUCGGCGCUGGAGAGACGGUAGUUUGGAGAUGGACUUACCAAUGAUACAACUCAAAGAGCUUUUCAAUGUUAACCAUUUCAUUGUGAGUCAAGCCAACCCUCACAUUGCACCCUUCUUGAGGAUGAAGGAGUUUGUGAGAGCUUGUGGAGGCCGGUUUGCAGCAAAGCUCGCGCAACUCUCGGAGAUGGAAGUAAAGCAUAGAUGCAACCAAAUACUAGAACUCGGGUUUCCUCUCAGAGAAGUCGCAAAGCUUUUCGCUCAAGAAUGGGAAGGCGAUGUCACUAUCGUCAUGCCAGCUACUAUUUCUCAAUACUUGAAGAUCAUACAAAACCCAUCCAAUGUAGAGAUUCAAAAAGCAGCAAACCAAGGAAGGAGAUGCACCUGGGAGAAACUCGCAGUCAUCAAAGCAAACUUCGGAAUCGAACUAGCUCUCGACGACUGCGUCGCGGUCCUUAACCACAUGCGCCGCCUUAAACGCACCGCUCGAAGAGCCGCUGCUGCAUCCUCCCUCUUGUCAUCCUCAUUGCAGCAUCCCUUACCCGGAAUCACCAGAUUCAACGCAUCCAGAAGAAUCCCUUCAUGGAACUGCAUCGCUCGUGAGAAUUCAUCAGGAUCCGUCGAUGAUGAUGUGUUAGCAGAAGCUUCAUCGAUGUAUCAGCAAAUCGUGCUUGGAUCCGGGAGGAAUAACAGAGCUAACAACUGUAACAAUUCGUACGACGGAGGAAGCGACGGAGAUUCACCAGAAGCUGAAGAUUGGACGAGAUCUGGUGGACCAUUGAUGAGGACGAGUUCUGCUCAAAUCUUCACGGAUUACGUCCAGAAUCUCGACGCCGUUGAUCCCGAACAGACGGCGAUUAGAAGCUCCGAUAGAGAUUCGGAAAGCGAUUUAAACGCGGCGGAUUCCUCUUCCCGGAGCAUCACGGUGACGGAAGGCGAUUAUCUUCAGACGGGGAGAACACACAACGGAAUCGUGCUGAAUCUCGUCAAGGGAGAGAAUUUGAGGAGGGAUCAAGAUCUGGAGGAGAGGCAAAUCAGUGAUGAAGCUCCGGAAUCGGUGCAACUCGAUUCGCCGGAGAAAGAUAUCGACGGAGGUAGCUCGGCGUCGGAAGACGGAGGUGAUCAGUCAGAGAUGGCGACGGAGACGGAUUUAAUCCACGAGUUCCAAAAGGACUAG